AAUAAGGAGGUUGUGGCAGUAAUUUUACACCGACGAAUAGGAAGAGAAAAGAAAAGAAGAGAGGUUGGCUGUGAAUAUCAUCGGUAUUAUUAAGGUGUGUGAGCAUUUCAUGUAUAGAGAGCGCAGUCAUGGGCGAGUCAAGCGACUCUGUGUCCAUUGACAUUGAUUUGAUACCUUUGGGAGGAAAGGAAUGCACGGUGAAAACAAGUAAAGGUUCUCUGUCUGUGCUUGUAUGUGGAGAUCAAGAAAAACCCGCUCUAAUAACCUACCCGGACGUCGCCCUUAAUUAUGUGUCUUGUUUCCAGGGUCUGUUGUUCUGCCCAGAUGCAGCUUCUUUGUUGCUUCACAACUUCUGCAUUUAUCACAUUGAUGCACCUGGACAUGAGUUGGGAGCUGAUGUCAUUUCUUCUGAUGAACCGUUGCUUUGCGUGGAUGACCUUGCUGACCAGAUUGCAGAAGUCCUUGAUUUCUUCGGGCUAAGGGAGGUUCUGUGCUUGGGUGUAACAGCUGGUGCUUACGUUCUCACUCUAUUUGCUAUGAAAUACAAAGAACGAGUGCUUGGAUUGAUUCUUGUUUCACCUAUUUGUAAAGCUCCUUCAUGGACUGAAUGGCUAUACAACAAGGUGUUGAUGAAUUUGUUAUACUUUUAUGGUAUGUGCGGUUUACUGAAGGAAUGCCUUCUGCAGCGUUACUUCAGUAAGGAGCUUAGGGGCAAUGUUCAGGGAGCAGAAUCGGACAUAAUACUAACAUGCCGAAGGCUUCUAGACGAGAGACAAAGUUUGAAUGUUAUGCGAUUUCUCCAAGCAAUUAAUGCAAGGCAUGACCUGACUGAGGGUCUGAAGGAGCUGCAAUGUAAGACACUUAUAUUUGCAGGAGAGAGCAGUCCAUUCCAUGCUGAAUCUGUGUACAUGAGCACAAGAAUGGAUAACAGAAACUGUGCGCUUGUUGAGGUUCAGGCUUGUGGUUCAUUAGUAACAGAAGAGCAUCCAAAUUCCAUGAUAACGCCACUGGAGUGUUUCUUAAUGGGCUAUGGUUACCACAGACAAAUACAUGGUGCUUCCUCUUCCAGCAAUGGGUCAAACCCGGCAAGCCCCUCUAGUCAUUCAUGCAUAGCACCAGAACUCCUCUCCCCAGAGAGUUUAGGUAUUAAGCUCAAGCCCAUCAGAACCCGAGUUGAUGUUGAAAUAUAACUUUGGCCCCAAUACUGCAGUGGAAUGAGCUAAAUCAUUGCACAUAAUAUAAUAUAUGGCUAGUGUAGGAUAUUCUUUGAUUGUGUUGGAGGACUACUGAUCCUAUCUGCAAAAUAGCUGUUUUUCCUACAAAUGUAAAAAAGUAGGAGGUAUCUUUAUCUUUAUUUAUUUAUAGUUUACAAUAGGACUAUUCUUUUUACUAAUCAUGUUUUUUGAGAUACAUCUCUCACCUUACUGCUUUUCAGGUGAUUAUUUAUGUUACUAAUGUUGAUUUUUUGAAGUGAAUAUAUGUGGAUUACUUUGCCC